AUACACAGAAAUAUGUAGUUACAUUCACUUCCAGCCAAUCAUACAUAGAAGUGCCUGGCUGGACCAAGGGAGACAUAGCCUUCAGUUUUCGUACAACAGGAGAGAAGGCCAUCCUUCUCUACUACCAGCCCCCCUAUCCGACCUCAUCAGCCCUCCUUCAUGUCCUUAAACAUGGCAACUGUUUCUUCAGAGUUCCACCUGACAUUCAACUUCACAAUGGAAUACUGGCAAGCCGCGAGCUCUCGCUAUCAAGUCGUCCCCGUCGCCUCAACUCGGGAGAAUGGCAGAAGAUCUGGAUAGACUACAACCAGCAUCACGUGCGUUUCAUGAUCAACACAGACUACCAGAAUGGUUGGACUUGCUGCCUGAGGAGGAGUUUGGACCCUUUGAGGGCAAUUGAGGACUUGCUGCCUGGGGAAGAAAUUGGACCCUUUGAGGGCAGUAUGUUCAUUGGCAGAAGCUACCGAGUGAGAUUUAGGCCCUUUGAGGGCAGUAUGUUCAUCGGCGGAGCUACUGAUGAUUACCUGGCGUCUCUAAGACCUCCAAGGAAGAUAGAAACGAUUCCAUCGCCAUCUAUUGAUCCUCCUUCCAUGGUCGUCGUGUUAUCCUCUGUCUGUGCUCCAGAGACCUGCCUGGUGGGCCAGUGCAAGGAACUGUGGAGUACCUUUGAGUGUGUAUGUGACAACCCCUGGGCCUACAUCGGCACAUACUGUGAAACCAACAUAAACGAGAAUGGAAUCACACUGGUGACGAGAGAGUCAUACUUCAAGAAGAACUAUUUGUUCAAUGUGACAAGUGAGGAGAAGAGGAACUACAAGGCCUUGCUGACGGAGACGGUUCUGGUGAAUCUGAGGACUUACGAUCAACAUUCACUGAUUCUUCAUGCCAACGAUCAUCUCAACAACUUCCUCCAGCUGUACAUCACUGCGGGGACUAAAGUAGUGCUACUCUUCAACCGUAUGGAGGUUAUCCAUAACAUCACCGUUGAGUAUGGAGGACUGAACAGCGGUAAGUCUGUACAGAUCGCUGUAGAGAGGAGAGCAGAGGAGACGAUCUUACACGUCAACGAUCACAACAGUUCUGUACCAGUCGGAGUGCGACUGCUCACAGAGUACUCUAACAAGCCUUGGAACAAUUCGGAGAAAGAGGUGUUGGCCCCUCAGAGGCCCCCGGCACCUCCAACAGACUACUUCCAAGUGAAUCUUGGAGGCUAUGACCGUGAGAACUUACUUCAUGUGAAUUCUGGGGCUCCCGUUCUGGAUGGUUACAUUGGCUGUAUACGUGGACUCAAAAUAGGAAAUAUUCUCAUGGACUUGUCCCACCAGCUUGAUAUAAAUGACAGUGCAGGCAUUAUUGCUGGAUGUCACAUGCGUUGUGAUGAGGUACCUUGCAAAAAUCAGGGAAUCUGUAUUGAGGACUUUCAGAAGAAUGAGAGCUCUUGUGACUGCGAGUUUACCUCCUACUACGGCGAGUUUUGUGGACAAGAAAAGGGAGCGGACUUCAGCGGAGAGUCAGUUCUGCAGAGGAAGUUCCCGCUGGAAGGUCCAGUGACUCAGAUCAAGGUCCAGUUGGCGUUCUCCAGCGGAGACGACCGCCAGCGAAACACUGUAGUGCUGCUGCUGCAGACAGAGAACAAGCGCAGCUACUACCUCCUUGUUGCUUUGAGCUCUGAAGGGGAGUUGAUAUUUGAGGAGGACAGAGAAGGUUCUGCCUAUGGAGCUCGAAUUAAGGACCGGUACUUCCUCAAUGGUGCUAGGCAUUCCAUCUACUAUCUUCGCAACAAUGAUUCUGCAAUGCUGCGGGUACGCAAUAAAACAGUUCCUCUGGUGGCCAUCCCAGUCCUGAGUCUAACGGAGGUUCCUGAGGGUCAUCUCGGAGCCAAUGAGGUUCAGAUCGGAGGCCUGAACACCAGUGACCCCCGUUUCGCUGCCUACAAGAGCUACAGUGGCUGUCUGUCAAAUGUAUUCUUGGAGGUUAACAAGUACAGUAUGAAACCCCUGGACGAGUACAUGCUGUUUACUAAAACAGGUAGCGAGGAGGUGAACGUAAUGAAUUCACACGGCAUCAGAAGUGCUCAGUGUGCUUUCUUCGAUGUCACCCACAAACCGAGGCCUGGCCCUUCGCUCAACAUCAGUCUGGGCAAAGAUGCUAUAUUGACUUGGGUGGUGGACCCUCCAAAGAGGACCGACUACAAGUCUACGUACUCGGAUAUUUCCACAGAGGAAAACGAAACAGGCAAAAGUAUGUAGCGUAAUCAUUUUCUU